AUGGAAAAUGCACAAUUUAAAUACGUAUUAAGGGGCAGAAUUCAUAACAUUUUUGAAAAACACAAUUUUACGGGUUUUUUAAAGGACGAAGUACUGAAUAGGGGUGACAAUGAAAACAAAGAUAAAGAAAAUUUCAGUAGCUUUAAACAUAUUAUUUCUGAUAAGGAUGAUAUAAAUGAGGAAGAAGGAGGUCAUUGGAAAGUUCAUAAGAAAACAAUUGAUAAUAAUGAAAGACGUUAUAUUGGCAGUAGUGAAAGACCUCGCUUUGACAAAUUUGGAGUGUACCGUGUUGCCGAGUGGGGAGGGGACAACCUCACUGAGGAGGAGAAAUGCAUUUUUCCAAAAAAAAGAAAGUAUUUAAUUGUCGAAAAUUACACAUCCGUCGUAUAUGAAAAUUGUGAAGAUAAAGUGAACAUAAUACUAGCAAAUAAAAGUAUACAAAAGGGAAGGAUAGAAAUUCAAAUAAAAGGAAAGGAAUGCUUUACUAUACCUUGCACCAUUAAUAAAAACAUUUUAAGCUGUUUUUUUCCUCAGCUUGAAAGAGGAAUGUAUCAUCUUUUUUUUUUUUUUAACAAAGAAAUGAUGUACAUUAAAUUAUUACGUCCUGGGUUUGAACUUACUGAAGAUUCCAAAUGUCUUCUCUUCCAUGUUAUAGAAAUAAAUGACUACAGUUAUUGCUUAGAUAGUAAGAAGAGAACAAAUACGAAAUACAAUAUAAGUAUAAAAAAUAAUGUGUACACGAAUAAAGAGCUACUAAAGUUGUAUGACAAAAUUUUUAAGGAAUAUAAUGUAGCAGCUACUAAAGAAAAGAGGGGAGACACAAAAAUAGCAAUAGGGAAUAACUAUAAGCUUAAAAAUAACAAUGACGACAAUUUUUAUAAUUUUCUUAAAUGUUACAAAGACGAAUUUAUUGAUCAUUCCUUUAGAGCAAAAAAAAAUAAAAUUGAUACAAAUAACAUGAAUUUUAUAACUCAGUUAAAUAUCGAGAAAGGAAUUCCUCAGAGCAGAAUACCUAUUUUAUAUAAAAAAUUAUUGUAUGAUAAUUGUAUAUAUGAAAAUAAAAUGAUUAUUAUGCAUUUUCAUUCCAAAAUUUUUGAAUUUGACCCUUUUAAUGUUUUAUCGACACAUAUUUUUACAACAGAUGAACUAAAAGACGGCUAUACAAUUUUUGCAUUUAACAUAAUACCCAUAAUUCAGGGAGAAAAUAAAAAAAGGAAGGUGAAGCAGAAAAAGAUGAAGGAGAUGAAGAUGAUGGAGAACUAUUCUUCUCAUAAAAUGGAUACUACAAAACAUGUGGAUAAAAAUAUCUCAUUUAUAAACAUGCACAGUACAGGUAAAAAAAAAGGUUACUUCAGCACCUUAUUGAUGUUUAAUUCUGAUGAAACAAACUGUGCAGACGUAAGACUGUGGAAGUAUAUAAACGCUAUCAAAUGUGUAAAAAAUAGCACAUCCAAUAACUUUUACAUAAAAAAAAAUUAUUAUGAAAAUAACUAUGAAAAUAACUAUGAAAAUAGUUACGAAAAGAACAUUCAGUGUCCUAUACCUAAUGAAUUAAUCAAUAAUAAAAAUGUUUUCAAAAAAUAUGCUGAAGGGCUCAAAAUUUCUGAAGAGGUCAGCAUUUUUUUCGAAAAUUGGAAUGAUGAAAUAUUGCCUGUUAAGAAAUUUGUUAAUCUACCAGAGUAUGAUAUACCUUAUAUAAAAAUGAACGAUUUAUCAAAUUUCAUUAGAAAUACGAAGGAAGAUAUUUUGUUACUCGACAACAAUUUUUAUGAGAAUAGUAAAGGUGGAAAAAAUGAGCGCGAAAAAAAUAUCACUACAUCAGGAAAAGAGCUAUAUAAUCUGCAAGUUUUAAAAAAAUUUACAGCUAGCGAAAAAAGCGAACACAAAAAAGAGGGCGAUAAAAAUUGUGCAAAUUUUCAAAAUGAACAACAAAACAGCCACAAUGGGGAACAGUUAGUAAGAGGUAAAUCCCUCGAAUGUCUGCUCAACAAUUUUUUUUCUUUUGUAUUUAUCGUUGAAGGAAGAAUAUAUCAUAGCGUAAUUCCUAUAAACAAAUUGCUCUUGCUGUUUAUAGUGAACUACUGGAUGCACUUCGUCCGUACAAGCAAUGAAUGA